AUGGAGGCGGAACAUGUGUUUGUUGAAGAUGUCAGGGAUGCAAUGGUUGCAAAUCACCGAAUGGCGAGGUCGAUAAAUGUUGAAGUAUAUUCACGACAUCCUGAAAUGUUUCAAGUUAUGGAGACCAUCGGUCGUCGACCCGGUAUACCACUUAGGUCUUAUGGAGUUGAUCUCCGAAAUAUACGGUGCACUUGCAGAAGGUUCCAAACGCUUCAUUAUCCAUGUGCGCAUGUCGUGGCAGCGUGUGCUAAAGUCUUGCACAAUGUUGAACAAUUUUUUGAUGAUGUGUACACCCUCGAGCGCAUAUUGCGUGUUUGGGAGAAUGAGUUCCCUAUCUUGCCUGACCUGUCUAUAUGGGAGGUACCUCCGACGAAUUUCGAGCUUGUCCCAGACAAAGGGUUGCGUAGAAAUCCGAAAGGUCGUCUGCAAUCAUCCAGAAUCCAUAAUGAAAUGGACAUUAGGGAGAAAUUCGAUGGUAAGCGAUGUGAAUUAUGCAGAUUAUCUGGUCAUAAUCGGAGUAAAUGCUCGCAGCGAAACUACCAUAUUGGACAACCAUCACGAUUGAGUAUGAAUUGA